AUGGCAAUAAAUAAAAAUAACGACAAAUUGCUACUAAUUGAACCCUGCUUCAAGCUCAACAGCCAGUCAAGAGAACGAACAAUUCUUAGUCAAGUUUCAAGCACUCCAAGCUUAGGAUUGCAAAUAAAUUCUUCGCUUUCUUCUCUUCAUCAAAAACCCCAAAAAUUAAAACCAAAAAAGUACAAGGAAAACCAAGUCAACGUAGUUCUCCCUGAAAUACACUGCUAUGAAACCUUUAUUCCUCAUUCCCCUCUUGGCUUAUGAGCAAAAUUAUCCUAGGUUAUAAACAUUUGAAAUAAAAAAUAUAAUUUAAUUUAUGAAUCUAUAGAUUUUUUUUGAUGAAUAGCCCAUCAAUAGCUGACUGACAACUGAAUUCACAAUUGGUCCGAUCAACAUUAUUUGGUCUAACCAAAUUGAAUUUACAUAAAUAAUUUUUUUGACAAAUAGUGUUGAAUAGAUUAGAUUGUAAAUUUAGUAGUCGAUCACUUACUAACAGGGUUGCUUAUCAGAAAUCGAUAUUUUUUAAAAGUGAGAGAUGUUUAAAACUUAAUAUAAUUAACUGGGAUCUCAUUAUUACAAAUAUUAAUAAUAUCUAAUUAUUAGUAAAAAUUCUUUAUAAAAUAAUUUCUCUUAACAAUCUGGUCUUACUCGCUAAAGAACAAAAAGAGUCAGCAAGAUAUCCAGACAACGCGCGACAGUAUAAAUUAUUCUAAAAACAGUGAAAACUCCAAAGAAUUUGAUGUAAUAAAAACAGACAGAAGUAAACAGCAAAGCUUAUUGUCAGGCUUUGAGUACCCAAUUUAUCUAUAUAAUGAUGCCUACCAGCCAACUCCCCGAAGUAGAAGCAAAAACUGGCAUCCUUUGCAGAGCCAAUUAGAAAGUCAUAGAAAAAAAUUCAGAUUGAGAAAGCUUACAAGUGAUAAAAAUAUUCAUAAAAAGCACCCGAAUGAAGAUAGAAGCUUCAGCCCAUUUAAUUUUAAUGAUUUACAACCAAAACACUCUAACUCAUUUCUUUCAGUAUCUAAGUCUCAAGCUAUUCAAACUAUCAUCAACAAGAAAAAAUUAAUUAAACAUGCACAUCCUGAUAUUUUGACAAGCAGAAGAAAAGCAAGUGCUUCUCCAUUCAUAAUUAGGUCUGCUACUAAGUCUUAA